UUUUAAACCCCUCCUCCACAGUCCGUCUUGUUUUCCCUAUCUCUGCUCCUCUCACAGUGUUCGGACGGUGCGUUAAGGUGCGGAUCCGAGUCCGGCUCUUGGGGAAAUCUGAGGAAAGUCAGACGACGUGUACACAUCGAAAGGGCAGAAUAAACCAAUCUCUGUAGAGACGACCGACAUUUAACCGCCUUUGUGCAGUUGUCUUGAACGUAAAGUAAAAUGGAUCCAAUGACUCAGUCCGCCCAGAUAUCAUCGUCGCAAGGGUUUGCCGAUGGACAAAAUUCUGCUGCCAAAGAAUCAAAGUUGUCCGAUUCCUUUCUUUCCUCUUCGCCUGUAUCUCUCAUUCAGUCUCCUCAAGACAAAAGAGUGGUCCUGGGCUCUGACAAGCCCUGUGAAGGUGUCGCAACAUCUCUUCGGUUUCCUUCUCAACCGGGUUCAUUCUCCCCCGGUAAUUAUGGGAGUGAAGCAGGACCACCGGAUGAACAACCAGAUUCACCAGUAAAGACAUCUCCUGUUUCAGAGCGAAUAAAGGCGCUGGAAGCUCUUGCUGCCAAAAAGAAAGAACCGGAUUUUCGAAGCGAUGGAGGUUUCUCUCACUUCAGGGACCGCCACCAUGACAAGUCUUUCACGGAGACCCCAAAAUUCCCCACUGAGACCCCAAAAUUCCCCACUGAGACCCCAAAAUUCCCCACUGAGACCACAAAAUCUCCCACUGAGACCACAAAAUCUCCCACCGAGAUGCAAAAGUCCCUCAAUGAGAAAAUUCUUCCAACUGUCCAGAAAAGGGGAGGUUCUGCUGAUCAGGAGUCGCCAGAAUCCCCAUUUGAAGUUCUUGGAGAUUUGAGGCAAGUAAACGAGUUUGAAGAAACAGAAGAGUGGAUGAAGGCUCAUUUACCUCCUGUGCUGGACUUUGAUGCUGUUGAUUUAAUUAAAAGCACUGGCAACACUACAUCAAAAGAGAAGGAGACAGACAUGGUUGUACCUGAUGCCCCCACUGCCUUUGCUGGUGUCCCCGAUGCUUUCAUGGAUUCUCCUGUUGAAGCUCCAAAACUGAAAGAUGAGUUCAGUGUUGCAAAGAAGCAGCCAAGUGUUGAGGAGGAGUUUGACAUUAGCUUUUUGCCAACAGCUUAUAUGUGGGAUCAGCAAGAAAAAUCCGGUGUCCAGGCUCCAUCAAAUCUUGAGUCAGUGAUUCCAUCUUCACCUGCACCUCCUGAAGGCUUUGGCUCCCCAUCUCCUCCAUUCUCUCCUCCAGCUGGCACUGAUGCUACGCAGAAUGAGAAGAAAGCCACUUGGGCUGGAGAUUUGGAGCCACCAGAGGCAAGUGAAGCAGACAGCUCAGGGGAAUCGGAUGAUACUGUAAUAGAAGAUGGUAUCGGUGCUCCUGCAUUGGCCCACCCUCCAUCUUCUGAUUCAUUAGUUUCAAAAGAUCCCACCGCUUCUGGCUCUGCAGCUCCUGAUCUUCCCACUGCAGAAAAGGAGACCCCUCCUGUAAAGUCAGAGAGGAAGCUAAUGCAGGUACCAACAAUCAAUGUUAUUGAGACGGAUGAGCCAAAUUACAGUGAAGAGGAGAUGGAAAUGGAGCCCGAGGAAGAUGAGGAUUAUGAAGUUGUCAAAGACCCAGCCAGAGAGGCUCCAAAAGUCUCAGAACCUGAACUAGAUGACAGUAAAACUGAGCCACCAAAGACACGGCCCUUAGAAACUGAAUUUAUGGAAGGCUACUCUCCUCCAUCCUCACCAGUGGACUCUGACACUGAAUACUCUCCCAAGCACAAGAUCCUUAAAUCUAUUCCAGAAACAGACCAUCAGGACUCUGCAUCAAAAUCCAUCCCAAAUGACUUGAAGGACUCAGGAUCAGAUUUAUCGCAAGCACCGUCAGAUGCAUCACAGACUUCAUCAAAUAAAGUAAAUGAUGAACCCUCCCAUUUUAAAGGCACAAAUGAAGAAGUGGACUUCCCAGACAAUGACGACGAGUGGUCAGAUGAAGCCCAAGAUAUCUUGGUCAAACCUUGCAAGACUGAACCAGGUCCUUGCAUCCAAUCCAAAGUGGAUGAAAAGUGCAAUACAUAUACAAAAGACAUCUAUAUUUCCAAAACUAGCUUCAUGCAGGAUGACAUAUAUGAUAGGCAGUCAUUUGAUUAUGAUUAUGAUGCAUCCUCUCCCUUGGAUGACAUUGAUGAUAAUGGGCUAAACAAUGCCAAGGACCAGCUAUAUUCUGAUCCUUCUCAAAUCCGCAUUGCAACACUCCAUGACAGCACUGCACAAAGUGACGUUCUCAAGGACAGUCAUGGCCUGGAUGGUAUCACUUCACUGAAUGAUGAUGAAGCCCCCCCCAAAUCAGUUGUUAAGCCAUCUCUGAGAGAGUAUCCCCAAGACCUUUAUUCCUCUUUCCAAGGCGAAACACCAAGCACCACCACUGAGCAAGAGUUUAAUAAGAAAAUGAUCGCCGAUACUGUUCCAGAUAACACGGCAAAGACCCUUACAUCACAGAAACCCGGCUCUAACAUCCAGCAGGAUACUAAGGCAGAGCCCCAAAAUGGCUCAGUUUCUGAACCUACGGAUAGUUUUGUGGACUUCAUGCGCGAGUGCCUGAAAUCAAGGCAGGAUGACGAACCUGAUGAUGUGCGCCAGGGUGUUCCCUCAAAGAGUGAUCCCUGCAAAACUGGAAUGCCUCUUUCCCAAUCCACUCCAACCAUGGUGAUGGAUCUUGAACAAGAACAACUUACUAUCAGUGCCCUCAAAGAGCUGGGAAGCAGUCAAGAGGAAGAAGACGAGGAGGCAAUGAACCUCCUUUCAAACCAGGACCCUGUGAACCCCUAUGCUGCACCUAUACAGCAUUCUUCCUAUACCUCAGUUUCUAAUCCAGAAAGUUCCCAAAGCAACCGUGUGUUCGACGGCUCAUAUUCCAAAGAGGUAGAUGCCAUCGAUGAAUGGGUGGCUGAAGCCUAUCAUCUUGCUGAGCAUGUCUUGACAGCAAUACUAACCCACUUAUCAGUUAAGGAUCUGAUCCACUGGCGAGACCCCAAGAAGUCGGGCUUGGUGUUUGGCUUGUCCAUGCUGAUGCUGCUGUCGCUGGCAGCAUUCAGCGUCAUCAGUGUGGCCUCCUACCUGCUGCUGGCCCUGCUCUGCGUCACCAUCACCUUCCGCAUCUACAAGUCUGUCGUCCAGGCUGUACAGAAAUCUAACGAGGGACACCCCUUCAAAACGCUGAUAGAUAAGGAUGUCAGCAUCCCUCCAGAGACUUUCCGCAAGCACGUGGACGCCAGUCUGACCUACAUCAACCGAGCCCUGAAGCAAAUGAGCCGCCUCUUCCUGGUUGAGGACCUCGUGGACUCCCUAAAGCUGGCUGUGGUCAUGUGGCUGUUGACCUAUGUAGGAGCUGUCUUCAAUGGAAUCACCAUUCUCAUCUUGGCUGACAUCCUGCUCUUCGCUGUGCCUCCUAUCUACGAGAAGAACAAGACCCAGAUUGAUCAGUACAUCGAUGUGGCACGUACUCAAGUCAACACCACAAUCGCCAAGUUGCAAGAGAAACUUCCUGGGGCUGUGAAGCGCAGCAAAACUGAAUGAUCAAACCCCCCAUUAGAAACCUCCACAUUACCAUCAUCCUCAUCUCCACCAUCUUAAACCCCCGUACCUUCCCCGAUCCCUCUCCAGUUAACGCCCCGCCCCAGUCUAACUCCUCCUCCUCACUCCAUUCAACCAUCACCACCCUACUACACUGAACCUUGCUAGGUAGAAAAAUCUCUGAGCUUUUCGAUAUUCAAUGUAAAACUACUGCGCAGCUUAACUUACGAGCAUUAGAAAAGAACUGUGCCUGUGCAGACAGGAAGCACGUCGCUAGCAAGGUGUGAUGUAACGCCGCGGCGGACCCCGCCUGUCUGUGGGCGUGCCACGGGGAAUGGAGGCAAGGUCGAGUGAACUAGACUGAAUCUAUGACCUGGUUUUGUCAUGUACAGCGAGCAGGGGGGUGGAUGAUGGCCGUUUAUGUCACAGAAAAAAGCAAAUGUCUGUACUUCAAACCACACGUUUCCCUGAAGGUAAACGGCUAAUUUAAGCUGGAAAAGUUUACGAAAAGUGAAAAAAAAAAAAAAAGAAAAAGCAGAAAAAAAAAAAGAAAACCAAUCUCUUGGGUGUCAUUGUGGCUAGUCUUAUCCUGCUCUCUUGCUCUACAGCUGUUCUAUAGUUCCUGAAGAGUUCAUUUUUAGAAGCUGGUAACGGGUUGCUGUUACUGAUUGGCCUGUUGUUGAGUUUGUUUCCAUUCACCUUACAGGAUCGUCUGUAUGUAAGAUUCUGCAAUGCACUGAACUUUUUUUUUUUUUUUUUUUAAACCAUGAGCAGGUUGAAAUAAAAAGGAUUGAAACACUGAGCCAGCUGUGAUAAUUUGGUCUAGUUCACCCUCUUUUGAUCAGAUGCAUUUUUUGAACAGUUUUCUCUAUGUAUAUACACCUUAAGACAACUACAGGCUCUCUCUGCUGUAUGGAACACGUUAGCCUCGCUUUUUAUAUCAAAGGAAAGUUCCUCACGUACAGCAGUCCUAACUCCUUUUGUCGCACCUGUUCAAGUCACAAAGUGUUGAGGUCACAUUCACUUGUAAAUUCUGGUUAUUCUUAUCACUACUUAUUACUGUUAUUGAUAUUAUAGGAUGGCUGCUUUGACUCCCUACUAGCUUGACAACAGCAUUGUAAGAGUUAUGUUAAGUGUUAUUAAGCUUAAUAAUUAUAAACAGGAGGCCUAUCAGAGUCCUCUUGAGGAAUGAAUUUGGGAUUGUUUGAUAGGUUAAGCGAUACACUUUCUGAAUCCCAAAAUGGCUUCCCAGAUUGCUAUUGUGUUGAGAUUGAGUGUCAAGAAUGCCAUUUUAAGUAUUGAAAAAAAUCUGCAAUUAUGUUCCCUCUAAAGAACGUUAGAGCAGUUUAGUUUUUUUAAACAACUCUUUAGUAUACUCAGUUAUUUUUUUAAAUCGAACAAAUUUGUUGUUUUACGAGAGUGGCCAAUCAGAGCUUGUGUCUUAAUAAACUACUCAAAGAGGACAUGAGGUUAAAUGGAAGGAAGGAGCAACAUUUAGCGUCUUGGCAGUAAUUUUGUUAAAAAAAAUUAAAAUUGAAGAUAAAAUAUUACCCCAAAUUUGUUGCGGCUUUUUAAAAUGCAUCAGUUUGUUUUUACAUUAAACACUGUUUAAGUCAUGACUAUGAUUUUGGCACAUUUGACACUCCAUACAACCCUCAGCAGUGUGGAGAAGGCUCUUGGAGAUUAGGGGUUGGUGCAACAAAAUGAGUAGGUGCAGUUCUGCAGAGUGUAGCUGGAGAAAAUGAGGCCGUUUUUGGAGUGGUUAUUCUUGAGCUCUGUUUGUCAUUUUGUUUUUCUUUUGACUGCCAUUAAGUGCAUGUCGUAGUGUAAGCUGGAAACAGAUUCUGACCCUUUAUAUAGGCUGUAUCAUAUUCUUGACCCUGACUUUUGUUUAAUAUGAUUACUUGUGAUUGUUUAAAUGGUGUUUUUGAACUCGGUAAAAAAAAAACAAAAAAAAAACCAUAGUCACAUGUUGGCACGACUGCUACAUCUUUAUAUUGUUUUAAGGGAUGAAUAGAUAAAUGGAAGUGAAACCACAUGUAUUUUAAGUGUUUCUGCCCCCAAAGUGUCUCCACAUGUCCCCUCAGAACUGAAUGACCAACAGUGGAAGGUCGUUCUUUCACUGCCUCUCGAUGCAGUAAUUACUCGAACAGCUACUACUCAGAUAUCUGCCUGUAUGCUGAAUGUUUUCUCUUGUGGAACAUUCUUCCUGUGCAUGCCCUCUACUGUGUGUCGUUGCACUGUGAUCGCCUCAUACCUGUGUUGAUUGAUUCCUCAUGCACGCAUGGCGUCUCAUUCAGAUUUCUGGGCGGCAAAGCCAAAAUAUGCAACUUUUCUGUUAGCGAUGCUAGCUGUUAGCCUUCACUCUUUCAGCUGUGGUUGCUUGAGCUCUCAGCUAGCCUAAAGCUGAGCUAAGCAGCAUCUGUAAGGCUGCCACAGGCGCUAAGGAAGCAGACAGCAUGUGUGAAGGGUAAUCAGGUCUGCAUACAUAGAGCGAUAAUGUUCUGUUUAUUUAUUUGAAUGUGACUAAGUUGCAUAUUGUAGCUUUAAGAGGCAUGUUUGUCAUUUUUGUUUGACUCGAUGCAAGCUACUGGAACACUUUUUUGUUUAGUCUGUGUCUGUUUGGGGUCAGAUCAACCAAAUUAAAUCGUUUCAAGAAUCCCUUACUUACCUCUUGCCAUGCGUGUGUUUUGAUUGUAUUUAAUUUCUCCUGAUUGGUGAAAACGAAGCUGUUAAAGAUCGAAUUAGAAGCACAGUUACAUCUGUGAAAUCCUUUCUACAGAAAAAACAUUGCUGAUGGUGUGUUGUCUGGUUCAAAUACAGUAUUUAAGAUAUCUCAAACAUGUCAUCGCCUACUAAAAAGUGUGUCCUUGUCACUUGGUAUAAGCUACAGCACACAGUACAGCAGUUUCUUCUAUAGAAAGAACCAAUUAAACUCCACUAUUUUCCUCUGUGUUGCGGUGGAGGUAGAAAUCUGAAGCCGAAGACGAUAAAACACAAGUCUGAUUUCUGGAGGAAUUGUUUGCAAUCAAAUGUACCUGCAUGCUAGACAACACUGGAGGCAAAUGUAACGUUCUGAGUGAACCGAUUCUGACUUCACCCCGCAAGUAUUCUCCUUUUAAAGCUCAUUUGCUUUUCAGAUGCACUGCACCUUUACGGUAAAUUCAGUCCAGGCCGUGUUACCUGUGUUAGCGUGCUACAAAAGGCUAGAUAGAUAAAUAAGUUGGCGUACUUCGUUAGUGUAAUGUAUGAUAUGAAUAAAAGUCGACAUAUUUCCUCCCGUUCCCUCACAGCAUGUUGCUUUUCCUCUUUAUCCUGUUUGUCUCUGUGUUUUCAUCGGUUAUGGGAGUGUGUGGCAGGAGUGUGUUUGAUUUCUCUCUUUUUUUUUCUUUUUUUUUUGUCUUUAGUGUUUUUGCUUUGGACUCUUUACUGAUAUCUAGAUGUUGUUCACUAACAUCAGCUCUGUUUUGUAUUAGCUAUGACUUUGGUUCCAAUUUCUGAAGCUUUGAGGAAGAUGUUGCAGGAAAAAAAAAGAAGAAAACUGAGAAAUAAGUAUGUGGUCUCUGUACUGAUGUCAAAGUGAAAUUAAUAAAAACACCUCAAAGGUC